GAAACGCGAUCCGUACUAAUCGCCGAUAAACAAGACGAAGAAGAAAACUGGAUCUGUGUUGUAUGUAACCGAUGCGAAAUCUGAGCUCAUUUAUUUAUCGUAAUACUAAUCUAAAGUCGAUGUAAAUGUACUAUCCGAACAAGGAUGAAUUAUAACUCGACGAUUUAAAUCAGAAGGGCCAAGCUAGCGGAUUCCUUUAGCGACGGCUAGCGGCCUAAGCUAACGAGAGUUCGCAUACUUUGCUUCGCCCGCUUGUGAUUCGACGACAGAAGCGCGUUAUUGCACAUCGAUGAGGCUCUAGAUUGGGAAGAUUCGAGGGGAAAGCGGUGGUAUCCAUGCGGGAUAGCGGCGCUCGAUACCGCCGAACAUGUCUUUAGUCGCCUAUGGCAGCAGCGAUGACAGCGACGGCGAAGGAGCGUCGAGCAAACAAGGCUCGGGGCGCCUCUUCUCCCUCCUGCCAGCCACCAAAAGGUCGUCUGCCAGUGACGACAAAAAGAGUUUAUUAUCGGGUCUGCCCGAGCCCAAGAAGCGCACGGAGCCAGUGAGGAUUUCCGUGCCGCACAUCGAGGAGCGCGACUCGGACUCUGACGAUGACGAACCAGUAAAGAAGAAAGUCCAAUCCCAGGGCACAGGUAGCGGUCUCUCCUCGCUCCUGCCGCAACCCAAAAACCUGACUGCGAAGGUGACCGACAGACCUUUAAUCCCGCACACGCUCACCAAGCGCCCGGAGCCCAAAGGAGUCAAUUCGGGCUCGCCCACACCGGGCCUGCUGGGCCCCAGCGCGUCCCCCUCCGCCAUCAAAGCGGCAGCCAAGUCGGCGGCGCGGCAACUGGCCAGACAGAUCGUAGCCACGGACGAGCACGAGGAGGACAUCGCGCCGCAGAAUUACUUCUCGUUGGGCGAGAGCCCCGAGCCGCCGCCCCCGGCCGUCGUUCCGAUUUACGAAGCCGAGCCUGUCGUCGCCGCGGUGGAGCCGCUCCCCGCGCCGCCGCCGCCUCCUCCGCCGCUUCCUCCUCCGCCUCCCGGCGACGAGCUGGGCCAGUCGGACGCCCCCCUCGACUUUGGUGGAUGCCACGAGGGAACUGGUGCGUGGGGAGGCCAAUAUCCUCAGUAUCAACAGCCCAUGGCGGGACCAGAGUCUUACCCUGAGGGGUACGAUAAUAACGAUGGGUAUUACCAAGAUCCAAGCCCCGGCUUGCCCGAGGACGAAGUACCUGGUAACUCGGCCAUGUUUGAUGACGAAGCGUUCAUGCGGCUUCAGGGCAAAAGGAACCGGGGCAAAGAAGAGGUGAAGUUCCUGGAGAUUAAGGGCGACGACCAGCUGAGCGGCCACCAGCACUGGAUCACCAAAAGCAUUUCGGAGGAGAAGCAGACCCGCAGCUCCUUCAGCAAGAAAAGGGGAGGAAUGCCCACGGGACAGCAGAGACGCAAGCACCAGAUUACGUAUCUCAUCCACCAGGCGAAGGAACGCGAGCUGGAGCUGAAGAACAGCUGGGCGGAGAACAGGAUGACACGCCGGCAGACGCAGGCGAAAUACGGAUUCUGAGCGCUACUGCCGUUGCAGAGUUUGGCGUCAAGGAGACUGGAGCUGCCUGUACAUAUAUUAAAAAAAAAAAAAAAAUGCACAUUUCCUCACCUGUUUAAAAUCAUGACUCCUUUUUCAAGUAAACUGUUACCUUUCAAACGCUCACGGGUGGGUUUUACACACCACUGGGAUGGAAAUGGAUUCCUUUGUAUGUAUUCCUGCUCAUGUAACAAAUAUUUAGUGUUCCUCUCAGUUUAGUGAAUCGCCGUCAUGCUUCCCAGGAAAGUUCCAGUGCAUUCACUUUCAACUGGAGACAUCUUGAUGUGGAGUUUUUUUUUUUUUUUUUUUUUAUAAAUAAACAUGCUG